AUGCUGGGGCAGAGCAGUUCCAGCAUUGAAGAUCAGAUAAAAUUUGUUCCAGCCAGACAUGAUGAUUUAGUAAAUUUAACCCAAAAAGUUAAAACAAAGGAGGAUGUUGAAGUAGAAGAUGAGAUGAGAUUCAUGAAUGGAGACAACCCUGCAACAAACUUUGAAUGCGGAAAUCAGCAUGGAGGGCAUUAUGGUUGCCCUGGUUGUGAUGGGCAUUUAAGCAUGUGCCACGAUCUAGAUUACAUGGCCCAAAGAAAGUACAGAACAUUGACCGAAUGGCAACAGCUGGUGUUAGCAGGAAGAAAAGGAAAAGAGGCAAAACAACUCUUGAACCCAUUUAAAGAUCUCAAGGUCAACGAGCUAUGAGCUGAAAUUGAAGCAAGAGGACUUGGAGAUUCAGACAAAACCAAACCAGAACUUGCAGAAAUUUUAAAUGAAGAACUUGGAGGGGCAACAAGAAUUCCAGCACUGUUGUUUGGGGAUGAGAGUGUUUCUGUGGAAAGUCUCAACCUCCAGUCCUAUGAGGUACUGUGUUUUGAAGCUCUUCACUGCUCCAUGAAUCACAUUAAAAACAUUCUGGAAGAAAUUCCACAUCACAUUUCUGACAUUGAUACACUAAUAAAACUUAAAGAAAUACUAGCUGUCCAACUUAACAAAGAGAAAAAACGAGGAGUAGAUUAUCACAAGACACUAAUCUACUUAACUAUAGCCCUUUACCAGACAACAACCCAUGAUGUGAGAGCUUUGCUGGCCACCUUGUGUGAAAUGGUGGAAAUUUUUUAUGCCCAGGACAGAAAGAGGUCACCAAAGUUGAUAUUAAGGUUGCAUAACCUAUGCUGGAGGCAUGCAAUUUUGUGCUGA